UAUCCAGUGGUCUGGUAGAACUGUUUGCGAUAUUUAGAAUCACUUCACUGGUGUUUCAAUCAUGGUAGCACAGGUAGCUACGACCAUGUCUUUUCUUAGUGAACUGAUUGCAGCGUUCGGGGGCCUACAGGCGGUAUUGGUGACUGCCCUGUGCGUCCUGGCUAUGGUGAUGCGACCCAAAAACCUGCCGCCUGGACCGACAGGACUGCCGAUUGUUGGGAACGUCUUCAGCUUGAUGACAAAUGCCACUCCAGUUGUCUACACGGAAUGGUCGAAGAAGUACGGUGACGUCUUCACCGUCUACCGUGGCCCGAUGAUGUCGAUAGUUCUGAACGGUUACGCCGCCAUCCACGAGGCAUUGGUGAAGAACGCCGAUGUCUUCUCCAGUCGGUAUUCAAGUACCGCCUCGGUUCCUCCAGCUGGAAUAAUAUCGGGCACAGGUAUAGUUCGAGAGCCCUACGGCCCCAAAUUGAAAGAACACCGAAAGUUUGCCCUGGUGAGUCUCCGCGACUUCGGAGUCGGAAAGAGGAGCCUGGAAGGAAAGAUUCUCGAAGAAACUCGAGCACUUCAGCAAGAGAUGUGCAAACAUGGCGGCCAGGGCUUUUGCAUAUCUCAGAUGCUGCAGAAUACAGUUUCCAACGUGAUCUGUUCCAUUGUAUUCGGUCGUCGUUACGAGUAUGACGACAAGAAAUUUACGGAUCUUCUCAUGGCGAUAGAUCGAGUUUUCUCUCCAACUUCUGUGGAACGUUUGGCCCUAAGCUUCAGCCCUCUACGGUACAUCCCUGGUGUUAGAAAGGGGUUUCUAGAUCUAAGGAAAAACCAGGUUACUCUAGUCAACCACGUUAAAAAAAGAAUCAGGGAACACCACGAGACAUUUGACGAGAAUGACAUCCGAGACUUCAUCGAUGCGUUCCUCUUGGAGUCGAAGAAACGACAAGAAGACGAAAAUUCAACCUUUACAGAUGAGGAACUGACAAUGAUCGUCCUUCAGCUGUUCCUGGCAGGCACUCACACAACGUCUGUGACCUUACGCUGGGCCCUGCUGUACAUGAUCCUCCAUCCGGCAAUCCAGGAGAAAGUACAACAGGAGAUAGACAGCGUGCUGGGACCCGACCAGGACCCGUCCAUGGUACAUCGUAGCCAGAUGCCGUACACUGAAGCCACCCUGGCGGAGGUGAACAGGCUGGCGAGUGUUGCACCGUUUUCGGUUCCUCACGGCACCAGCAGCGACACCACGUUCAGGGGAUACAACAUUCCUCAGGACACGUUUGUGGAGGUAAACCUCUGGUCGGUGCAUCAUGACCCCCAGCUGUGGCCGGAGCCCAGCAAGUUUGACCCCACUCGCUUUCUCAACGAUGCCGGCAAGUUUGUAAAGAGGAAUGAAGUCAUUGCUUUCUCCACAGGUCGCCGUAUUUGCCUUGGUGAACAGCUGGCGAGGAUGGAGAUCUUCCUCAUCUUCACAUCACUGUUACGGCGCUUCACCUUCAAGCUGCCAGAGGGCGCCCCUAAACCACCAGAAGAAGGGGUGUUUUUGGGAAUACAUUCUCCUGUUCCAUUUAAGCUGAUAGCUGAACCAAGGAACUAAAGUGUAUCUAACUAAGCCUUGUUUUCUUGCAUAUACCAAUGGCAUUACUUGGGAUCACCCCAUUGGAGUAACAUUUACCAUGAUUCUGUUUGAACAUAAUUCCAGUGAAGUACAUUGUACAUUUAUGAAUUUUAGGGUGAUUAUAUACGAAACAUGUGCAAAGACACGCUUUUUAAAAGCAAAAUUAUCGUUAAAUUCGCCGUCUUAACUAGAAUCCAAUGGUCAGCUCCUAUGCGUUUGCUCAACACAGAAAGCUCAACGGUUCAAGGCCAUGGGUUUACGGAAAAUACCUGGCUGUCUAGGAGGACUGGCCAGAUUUCGCUUGGUGGACAGCCUUGUGUUUUCUGUAAACCCCCCACGUUACUACUAAACAUAGAUAUGGGCAAAGGAAUGGUUGAACAAAAUAUCUUUUGGAUAUAAAGCAAUGUUAGUCUACGUGCAGCAAUACACAGUCGUAUUCCUGAUCUCACAUUUGGAGAUUGCCGUAUCCUUGAUCACAAAAUCAACUAAAUCAGGACUUGAUUUAGUUGAUGUUGAGUAUAUUGUAUUUUACUAACUGUUUAAUUAAUAUGUACUGUGUAUAUGUUGUAUGUAUUUUUAUGUGUAUCCAGGAUUGCCUGAAAAGCAGGCCAAAAUGGCCUGAUCUGUAAUUACUGUUAAAACAAAUAAACAGAAACUGAACUGCUUUGAAUGACAGCGUCCCACUUAAAUCAACCGUCAGCAAUAAGUUUUGUCAGGAAUUUUUAUUUUCUAAAUCAAAAGUACAUAAAGGAUC